AUGCGCCCUAUCUCCCUUGAUGGUGUGGAAGAUAGCACUCCAAGCUCUGAAGGAAAGUCCGGUGAAAAGGCUGAGUUGGUGAAAGAUGAGCAAGAUUUCCGUCAUAAGCGUCAAGUGGAGAGUCGUGAUUGUGGUCUAGUAGAUAUGGCCAACCUUAUCCAACCAAGGGGAAAGAUCGAGCUUGGCAACCCUGUGUUCAUGCAGUUGGUCAGUGGCGAAGGAGAACAACCAGUUGUUCAGGCCAAACUCGGCGAUAUACUUGAACUUCGUUGGGAAAUCAUGGCAAUGGAUGAUGAACUUGACUUCUUCGUAAAGGAUUGUUUCGCA